AUGGCGGGUGAGAAGACGGGGCUCCAGCUGCUGGACUUCUGGGUGAGCCCGUUCGCGCAGCGGUGCCGCAUCGCUCUGGCCGAGAAAGGCCUGGCGUACGAGUCCCUGCCGCAGGACCUCUCCAACAAGGGCGAGCUCCUCCUGCGCGUCAACCCGGCGUUCCCGGGGACGCCGCCGCUGCUCCCCGCCGACCCCUUCGCCCGCGCGCACGCCAGGUUCUGGGCCGACUACGCGGAGAAGAAGGUCUUCGACUGCGGGACCACGCUGUGGAAGCGCACGGGCCAGGCGCAGGCGCAGGCGCGGCCGGAGAUGGUGGAGGCCCUGCGGACCCUGGACGCCGAGCUCGGGGACAAGGCCUACCUCGCCGGCGAGGCGUUCGGGUUCGUGGACAUCGCCGUCGUGCCGUUCGCGACGUGGUUCCUCGGAUACGGCCGGCUCGCGGAGUUCAGCGUCGAGGAGGUGUGCCCGAGGCUGCUCGCGUGGGCCAAGCGCUGCGGCGAGAGGGAGAGCGUCGCCAAGAACCUGUACCCGCCGGAGAAGGUGUACGAAUUCAUCGGCUAUCUCAAGGACACGUACGGCGACAAGUAG